ACUACUUAUUCAUUUGAAGAGCAACUUUGCUAUUAAGAUAACAGCAUCAUACUUGCACAAUAUAUUAACAUUCAAAUGACAAAAAUUACAUCCUUACUUGUAAUUUUUAUUAUUUCUCAUACAAAUUCAAUGGAUUAUACAUUUCCAAAUGACUUUAUGUUUGGUACUGCAACUGCUGCUUAUCAAAUAGAAGGAGGCUGGAAUGAAGAUGGAAAAGGAGAAAAUAUUUGGGAUCAUUUGGUUCAUACUCGUCCGGAAUUAAUAAAAGAUAGAACAAAUGGAGAUAUUGCCUGCGAUUCCUAUCACAAGUAUAAAGAAGAUGUAGCAUUAGCAAAAAAUUUAAAUGUGAAAUUUUAUCGUUUUUCCAUAUCAUGGGCUCGAAUAGCACCAUCCGGAGUAAUGAAUAAAUUAAAUCAAAAAGGAAUAGCAUACUAUAAUCGUCUUAUUGAUGAACUUAUUAAAAAUAAUAUCGUGCCAAUUGUAACAAUGUAUCAUUGGGAUCUACCUCAAUAUCUACAAGAUCUUGGUGGUUGGGUUAAUCCAAUUAUGUCAGAUUAUUUUAAGGAAUAUGCAAGAGUAUUAUUUACUUAUUAUGGAGACAGAGUAAAAUGGUGGAUUACAAUAAAUGAACCGUUAGAGGUUUCUACAGGUUAUGCUUUUAAUGCUUUGGCACCAUACUUGCGUUUAAACAAUGCUGGGUAUUAUUUGGCGGGCCAUACACAACUUAUUGCCCAUGGAAAAGCUUAUAGGUUGUAUGAAGAGAUAUUUAAAUCCACUCAACAAGGAAAAAUAAGCAUUUCAAUAAGUGGAUUAUUUUUUUUACCAAAAAAUGCUGAGUCUUUAGAUGACAUAGAUACUGCUGAAAGAGCCAAUCAAUUUGAUAGGGGAUGGUUCAGCCAUCCAGUGUACAAAGGAGACUAUCCACCAAUAAUGAGACAAUGGAUAGAUAAAAAAAGUAAAGAAGAAAGUAGUCCAUGGUCAAUACUACCAACAUUUACAGAAGAUGAAAUUAAAUUAAUUAAAGGAACUGCUGAUUUUUAUGCUUUCAAUCAUUAUUCUUCUCGUUUGGUAACUCAGGAAAGUGGUGAUCCAGAUUCUUAUUAUAAUUCAAUCGCAAAUUAUUAUGCAUCUGUUGAUGAAUCAUGGCUCAAAGUCAUCUCCUGCAUCACAGCACCUGUUGGAUUAAAAAAACUUUUGGUAUGGAUAAAAAAUGAAUAUGGUAAUCCACCUAUGUUUAUAACAGAAAAUGGGUUUGGAGAUAAUGGUCAAUUGGAUGAUUUAGAUAGAAUAAGCUACAUAAAGGGCUAUUUAAAUGCAACAUUACAAGCAAUACACGAAGAUAAUUGCAAUGUUAUAGGAUUUACUAUAUGGUCACUCUUGGAUAAUUUUGAGUGGAUGGAUGGUUUUGCAAUUCAUUUUGGACUUGUUAAGGUAGAUUUUAAUGAUCCUGAGAGAACUCGUACCCCAAAAGCGUCAUAUACAUUUUUCAAAAAUGUGGUAACUACUGGUCGAUUGAUAACUAAUUCUUUUAGUAAAAUGUCUGAAUUGUGAAACAAAAAACAUUCACAUUUGCUAUAUUAUUAAUAUUUAUAUUUAAUUAUUAUAAAAAUGUAUAUUUUUAUCAUAUUAUAUUAUAUUAUUGUUAUGAACUUUCGAGUCAAUACUUUGUUACUGUGGUGUAGUGGGAAUAGAUUCAUGGUGUAAACAUGUAAUAGCUUAAAAUUAAUCUAAAUAUCAAUUGAAAAUGUCAUUAUUAAUAGUAAACUUCAUAAUAUACAAUAUACAAGUUUUAAAACCCCGCGAAUAAUGGUUUUGAAUUGCGACAAAAUAACUAUAACUUUAACCUAACCUUUUUUUUUAUAGCAUCAUUAUUCUUAGUUUAAAUAUGUAAUAUCAUCGUAAUUUGAAUUUCAAAUGUCUUUAAAGAAAAAUCGUGCAUGUAUAUAUUUUAAAAAAUCUAUCAUAUGUAUAUUUAAUUUUUUAAAUGCCCAUAAUAAAAAUCUAUAAGAAACCUUGUA